AUGAGAUUCCACAGGAGUUUCAGGCAGGUCCCCUUCGGGCGAGCGCCAUUUCCGUGCUCCCUCGCACGCCGUGCUGGCUCGAGCCGUCUCGGCUCAGAGCUUUUUGUCACUAGCCUUCAGUCUGCCAGUGGAUUCGGACGGCCUCUGCGAGCGCGCCUGGGUGUGGCCGCUACCACGAGGAUGGCGGUGCUCAGCACCAUCGUGGGCGUGCUUCUCACGGCCACGGUCGCAAAUGCCGGCAUCUACCCAGACGACCAUUGGGAGCACUCCACAGAGCUCACGGCGGACACCGCAGACGCCUGGGUACAGGCCCCGGCCUGGAAUGAAGUCGCUGCCAAAUUCAAGGGCAAUCCUGAUGUCGCCUUCGGGGACGUGUGCCUCUCCAAGAACCAGGUCCGGAAGAUCCACGGGGUUGACCAGAGCCCUGGCGCUGGGGGCUGGCCUACAGUCCGCAUUUUCAACAAAGAGACGGGGUAUGGGGGGAAGGCAUACGAGAAAAAGACGAGCCAGGCCAUGUGCGACGAGCUCGGCCCAAAGACAGAAUACAUGCAGCAGUUGGUGGAAGAGUACGCGACCCUCUGCAGCAUCGAGGACACCAGCAAGGGCUGCACCGACAAGCAGAAGGACUUCAUCGCCAAGUGGGCCGAGAAGCCCCUUGACGAGAUCAAGAAACAGCACACCCGCCUGUCUAAGAUGGUGGGUGGCGACAUGAAGCCAGACGCGAUCGGGAACACCAACUAUCCACCCACACCGAUCCUGGCCAGGCCAAUUACUGGGCCCAGGAACGGUAAAGGUCCACCUGUUACGUGGCCAUAUUACCCUCAGGCUUAG